AUGUGGAUUUUUUUGUCAUUCCUUUUUCAUCUUCACAAUAAAUAUUUUAGGAACACACCCCAAUUGUAUAGCGAGGGAUGCCUUAACUGUGGUUGUUUCUGGGAUGAGAAAGUACUACUGUGUAUUUCAGAGGUGUUGGUGGAGGCUGUGGCCCUGAGUGUGGACCCCUAUUUGAGGUACAUGGCACGACAGAUUCCUCUCAACUCAACCAUGUUUGGCUCACAGGUUGCCAAAGUCGUUGAGAGCAAGAACCCAGAAUGGUCUGUUGGAACACAUGUGGUGCACUAUGAAGGCUGGCGCACUCACACGCUGCUGACGCCUCAGAUGCUCAAGGAGAAUCGCCUGAGCCUGCCAACACAAGUAGUACCAGAGAUGGGCGACCUGCCGAAGAGUCUGGGCUUAGGCAUCUUGGGCAUGCCGGGCAACACUGCAUACUUCGGGUUCCUUGAGCUCUGCAAGCCCAAGCCAGGAGACACAGUGCUAGUGAACGGAGCAGCUGGAGCUGUUGGCAGUGCUGUGGUUCAGAUCGCCAAGAUUAAAGGAUGCACAGUGAUUGCCUUUGCUGGCUCGGACAAGAAAGUUGAGUGGCUGAAGGAGCUUGGUGCUGACCAUGCCUUUAACUACAAGACCACCAGUGUCCAUGAGGCCUUGAGCAAGGCUGCACCAAAGGGCAUCAACAUCUACUUUGACAAUGUUGGAGGGCUGUUCACUGCUGAGGCCUUGUCGCACAUGACAGAGUAUGGUUAUGUGUCUCUGUGUGGCGCCAUCUCCACCUACAAUGAUGAAAGCAAGGACAUUGGGAAGCCCGUCCUCACAAGUCCCCUCAGUGAGGCUGACAUCAUCUGGAAGCAGCUGCGUAUUGAAGGAUUUCUGGUUGGGCGCUGGAAAGACCGCUGGAUGGAAGGCAUCAAUCAGCUCAAAGAGUGGAUUUUGCAGGGAAAACUCAAGUAUAAAGAAACCAUCUUUAAUGGGUUUGAAAAGAUGCCGACUGCCUUUGCUGGACUAUUUGAAGGCGAAAACAUUGGCAAGGCAGUUGUGUUGCCUUAGCUGCUGUGGCCUCCAAGACAUCUGCACCAAUCAGGGUUGGAAAAAAUAAUGAUUUUUUAUAAAAAAAAAAUU